CUCCCCUGUGGUCUGGAGCGGUGGGUUGGAUCCAUAGUAGAAGCUGCCAGGCUGGAAGGGACCAUUGUGGCUCAGCGGAGGGGGAGGAGGUGGAGCAGGAGGAGAGGACAGGUGGGAGUGGUUAUGAGCAGUCCCAUGGCUGGCUCCACAGCAUCCAGUUCGAAAGACCGUCCAGUUUCCAGGACCAGCUUCAUCCCAGAACUACAGAGCAUGAUGUUCGCUCUGGGAGAUGCUCGCAGGCCUCUGCACGAGACAGCAGCUCUGGUGGAGGACAUUGUGCACACACAGCUUAUUACUAUGCUGCAUCAGGCCUGCGAGGGCGCGGCUCUUCGUGGUUCGAGGGUCAUUUCUGCUGAGGACAUCCUGUUCCUGAUGAGGAAGGACAAGAGGAAGGUGGCGAGGUUGUUAAAAUAUCUACAGUUCAGAGAUUAUAAAUCAAAGCUACUCAAAACUCUAGAGGACGAAGAUACGCAGCCAGAAACAGACAGGUGGGGUGCUGCAGGUGGCGUUGCCGGGGGUAAUCAGCGGAGGCAGCGAUUGGCCCAGGAUUUUCUGGUGUGGAUGGAUCAGACGGGAGAGCUCCUGUCACUGGCUGAGCGACAGGAAGUAGACCCUGUCAAACAGGAGAGGAUGGAGCGUUUAGAGCGUCAGACUCGAGCCAUGGACCAGGCUCAGUACUCAGAGUUCUGCGAGAGUCGACAGCUCAGCUUCGCUAAGAAAGCCUCAAAGUUUCGGGACUGGUUGGACUGCAGCAGUUUGGAGCUCAAACCCAACAGCAUCGCCAUGGAGAUCCUGUCAUACCUGGCCUAUGAGACUGUUGCCCAGAUUGUGGACUUGUCUCUGUUGGUAAAGCAGGAAAUGACAGCCAAGACUAAUCCCAUCAGCCAUGUGAUCUCUGCUAGUUACAUCCACUACAACACACACACUGAGGUAAAGAAGGAUCCAGACUCACCUGAGGCCACUCCCCCCUCCACCCCGGGCUCCUCUCACUCGUCGAAGCCCCUCCCACAGGGUAACGGCAGUCUGGACAGCCGAGCAAGACAGAGGAAACGCAAAAAGAGCUGUCCGGCUACAGUGGAGCCUCCCAGUGGAGCCAUCCAGCCCUGUCACAUCAGAGAGGCUAUUAGAAGAUACAGCUACAGACACACAAAUGCUUAUUGGAAGAGUGGGAUGACCUUCCUGGCCUGCUGAGGAUUAUUACCUUACCCCACACAUUCCUGCACCUACCUGUAACACUUUAUUUUGUUCCAUUGCUAUGAUAAAGAGUUUUCAGUACACCUGUGUGUUCUGACAAACGGCCCAAUUUAGCUUUUAAAAUAAAUCCUGGUUUAAUAUCUGCUCCAGGGAGACACUUA